CAGUCAAUGACGUGUAAAUAUAACCUCAAAUUUAUUUCAGUCUAAUUUUUAAGAAUUUAUAUGUUUAUUUACUAUAUUUAUAAAUAAUAAACCACAAUUUGUUUUUUUCAUAAAACAUUAUAAAUAUUAUUUGCAGUAAAAUAAUUUUUUUCACAAUAUAUUAACAUUUGUUUAUCUAAUAUUACUAUUUUUCGUGUCAGUUUACAUUAAUUUUCAAUAUUUUUCAUUUGACAGUAAAAAAAUAAUGAAACCGGUUAAUGAAUAUUUGUUUAAAUUUUCAACAUUGAAGGAAAUAAAUAUGAUAUUGUGUUAAAAUACAAAAAAUGAAAUCCUAAUAUCAAUUUUAUGAUUUAUACGUGAAUCGUUGAUUCAGAAUUUUCAUUUGUUAAAAAAAUUUUGUUAUUAAAUAUAAAAAUUUAUCAUGUCUGACGAAAUUUUCACUCCUCCCACGGCUCCAAAAGAUUCUUGUUUUAGUGAAGAGAAUUUUAUUCAGGCAAUAUUUGAUGUGGAUAAUUUUCUUCAAGAGCAUAAAAAAAAUGUCAGCCUCGAAAAAAUGAGAGACGAUCUUGGAAUUUACCUGAAAAUUUUACGAUCGGCAAUGAUUGAAUUGAUAAAUAAAGAUUAUGCAGAUUUUGUUAAUCUUUCAAGUAAUUUAAUUGGAUUAGAUAAAGCGAUUGAAAAUCUUGAAAGUCCUCUUGGUCAACUUCGUGAGGAAGUUAUGCAAGUACGUCAAUAUUUAGAAGAUGCCAUCACAGAAGUAACGUCCAAUUUAGACGAGCAUCGUAACAUUAGAGGACGCAAACAAAGUUUACACAGUCUGAUACGAAUACACAAAUCUAUUUCAAAAUUAAGUUCUAUUCUCUCCGUUGGAAAUACAUCAGAACAUUCUAUUAAACCUGACAUUUUAGAAAGAGCCGCUACAGAAUUUAACCAAUUAAAAUUUCAUACAUCACGUUGUAGUGCUGAUUUUACUGUUAUUCAAAAUGAAAAAAGUGAAGAACUUGAUAAACUAUUAACAAGACAUUUAAAUAAUAUAUUUUUAAAAUACGUUCAAGAAAAAGAUUCUACCUUUUUAACGCGUUGUUUAAGAAUUUAUGUGACUUUAGAUAAAAUAUUUGAGGCUGAAGAUGUUAUUAGAAAACAAUUAGUUAAACCAAAAAUCGAGAGAAUUAUAAAUGAGGCAAAUUUACAAAGUGAACCACUUGGUCUUCAAGGGAUUUAUCUUAAAUUAGAAACAAUUUUGGAUGAUGAUUUUAAACAACUUUUGGACAUUACUUUAUAUCCAGAAAGAACGUCAGUUAAGGGAUUUAAUUUUUUAGUCAAUAGUUUUUGGACGGAAAUUGAAGAGAGAAUUGAACAAUAUUUAUCAUGUAUUUUUGCACCAGGAAAUCCGCAACUUUUUCAUCAACGAUAUACUGAGACGUUAGAUUUUCUUUCUAGAAUAGAAAAAAGAUGUGACUCGUUGGAAGUUGUAAAUACUUUGAAAAAUCAUAUUCAAUAUAAACGUUUUUUAAAAAAAUGGAAUUUACCCGUAUAUUAUCAAAUACGAUUUCAAGAAAUAGCAGGUUCUGUUGAGAGUGUACUUUAUUUAAAUAUAUCUCAUUCAUCUAUUAAAAAGAGAAAAAAUGAAAUUGAUCGCGAUAGUUUUUCUCUUUAUUCAACUUGCGCAGUUUGGGAUUGCAUUUUAAGAACUUGGGCCGAUCAUGUAUUUCUUUCUCAACUUCUUCAUAGAUUUUGGAAAUUAAAUCUGCAAAUUUGUUCGCGAUACAAUGAAUGGUGUAAAGGAACUUUAAAUCAAAAAUGGCAAAUAAUAACAGUAAAUGAAAUUACAACUGUAACAGAAACUGAAAAUCCAACAAGACUGGAAUUUCUCGUUUGUUUAUACACUGAUGUGGGUAAUUUUAUAAAAUUAUUGCCAACUAUUUUGGAAAUGGCAAAACAAAAAGUAAAGAAUUUAGAUGAAAAAUCUUAUAAAUUAUUAGAAGACUGCCUUGGUGAGACAAAUAAAAAUUUGUCCGAAACAUUACCACUUAUAACUGAGGAAAUUGUAAAAGAACUUUUAUCACAAAGUGCAUUUCAUUUAAAGCAAAUUAGUGAUAUUCCUCGAUUAUUUAGACGUACCAAUCGUGAAAUUCCCACAAAACCAUGUGCCUAUGUGAAAAAUGCACUGAGUUUUCUUUCUGCAUUUUAUGCUGAUUAUUUUCCAAUUAUUCCACAGGAGAUUAAUCUUUGGUUACUUCAAACACUUUCAUCUUUAACAGAACAGUAUAUUUCCUCAGUAACAGACGUAUUAACCUCGGUACAAAAAACUGAGGAAAGUUUGAGAAAGUUAAAAAAAAUUCGAGAUAAAUCAGCAGGAGUAUCCUCGUCUGAAAAUCAGGGUGUGAGUGAUGAUGAAAAAAUUCGCAUUCAACUCUCUAUAGACGUAUCUAACUUCGUGAGUUUGAUUAAAUCACUUAAAGUAUUGGAAACGGACGUACCGCGUUUACACGAUUUGACGCAAAUUGUCGAAGCUGCAGUCAAAAAUCGAAAUGAAGUAAAAUAAUACAACUCUUAAGUUUUUAUGCUCUUUUAUUAAUUUUGUAUAAAAAACAAAAAAAAAAUGUGUACAAUAUAAAUAUUUCAUUAUUACAGAAUUUUUAAUCGUUUUCUAAAAACGAAGAAUUUCUGUAAUUUAUUGUCUUUUAGUAAUUAUUAUUUAUGUAAUAUAUCUAUAAAAAUAUAUAACUUGUUUUUAAUCUAGAAAAUUUAUUAAUUAAUUUUACAAUUUAAUUUUUCCAUGUAUUAGGAAAAAGGAACAAAAAAAAUUGAUUCUUUUUUUUAAAUGUCAACAAAAAUUAAAGGAAACAAUAGCGAAGCCCUCGCAUUGAAAUGACGUGUCUUGUUAUUCGUCGUAGAUAUUGGUAGAAACCUAAAUAAAGCCCUCGGCUACAAAUUCAGGUGAAUUUCGCGUGCAAAGGAAAUAGAUCUUCUUAUCUUCUUUUAUUUUCUGAAUGGAUUAAGAAACCUUAGAAAAGUUUUGGCGUCACUCUCACCUUGUGAAUAUAAAGCCAAUCGACCUAUUUCAUUGGACAGUCGACAAAGGGAUUCUGUUGAAAAAAGACACGAGUUAUUAAAAAAAGAAAAA